UUCAGUUUCUUUAAUGAAUGUGUUACUCUUACAGAUAACUUGCCCUGGAGUGCUGCUGAAAGACAAAGAGGAACUUUAUCUCAGUGUCUCUGUACUUGGGCAGUACAAAAAAACUCAAUGUGUCCCUGCAGCAUUUCCACUCUUCUUUCAAGAAAAACUAGUCUUUGAAAAGACAUUUGCUGAUAUAGUUGAUCCUGGAGACCUUGUGGAGUUACUGGAACUUGACACAGCAGUACUUGAACUAAUACAGCUCGUUCCUCCAGUAGGAAAAAUUCUAGCUACAUAUGAAGAAAAUACAAGAGAUUUCCUGUUCCCUGACCCUAAGCUUACCCGUGGGCACCAUGGUUUAGAUCGUGAGAUUUUAAUGAAGAGGUCCUCUUCUUUUACAGGAAUUGCACCAAAAUUGAGAUUUUCUACAAGCUCCCUUAUUAGAGAAUGUCUGUUAAGCUCAGGAAGGAGUCACAUACAGGGUGAUUCGAAUUGGGUGGGUCACUCAACCCCAAAUGGAAAACUGCAAACAAAGUUACCAAAGAAAAAUACUCUUUCACCUGAGAAAAGCAGGCACAGCUUAACAACAAAGAACUACGAGCAGCCUACAAUAGCUUCUAAAUCACGUUCUCCAUCUCCAUACACAAAAAGACGAAUGUGUGAGCUAUCAGAAGAAGCCAGGCAACGACUGGCCCAUUUAAACCUUGGUCCUUAUGAAUUCAGAAGAGAAACCAAUAAACCUCCAUUUGUAGUUAGACGGGUUGAACAACCAAGUCCUGGUACUAAACUUCAUAGCUGGUGUCCCACACAAGAAAGCACAGUGGCAGCCUGGACCAAGGCAGACCAUGAUCUUUCUCUUCUUGGCAGCUACAGACCUAAGAAAGCUGGAGUUGUGUUGUGUCCCCCCAUCCCUCUGCUCCCCAGUGUGAAAGUAGAUUUCAGUAGUAGUCAUUGUUGGAGAAUGCAGAUAGCUGAGCUACAGGCAAAAUCUACUCAUGGAAAAGACUUUGACAGUUCUGACGUUUGCAGUAAGGACGGGAUCUCAGAUCCACGCAACAAACAGUCCCAUUCUGCUGGUUUAUUAGAGCGUUCAGCACCUCCAGCAUUUCAGAAGCAUUCUCUAAGUUCUGUGCUAAAUCGAUCUUCUCUAAGGGAAAGAUUUAGCUCUGGUUGGCCUUCACCAGCAAAUGGAGAUGAGAUCCAUAAAAGAGUGAAAAAUAUUUUAAGGACACACAGUGCUAGACAGCGCCUAAUAUUUGAUGAGAGUAACACAUCAAAAGGAGACUUGACUAAGACAAGAGAAUCUUCACAUAAAGUGCCCUUAUCCAUGAGUGAAUUGCAGAGCAGUUCACGAGUGCAGAAGAACACAACUGAUCACUUGGAUAAUGGUGAAUAUUGGUCUAGUCGUGCAGCUGUAUACAAAGGGAAGCCUCACAGAGCAAUCUUUGAAGAGAGUCUUGAGAAAAUAUAUAGAAACAUGUACCGAAAAGCUUCUGGCACCAUUUCAGACUAAAAAAACGCACUCCUGAUAGCAAUUAACCUGGAAACGCACAGUACACACUGUUUAUGUUCGUAAUGAAACCUCUUU